AUGGUGGACGAAGAGAGAAGCUUGAAUUACGUGAGAUCUGAGCAACAGAGGCUGGAGCAAGAAAUAGGAGCCCUGCUCUCCAUCAUCGAUGCGCUCAAGUGCUCUAAUGAGCAUUCCGCCGCAGAGGCUCUAUGCCGUUUGAGGGCCACUGGUAAUGCACCUGUUUAUUCGCCGCAGUCACCAUCGGCUCAAUCCUCAGGUGGAACUGGCGCGAAUGGCUACCGUCCGGUCUCUGCGGGCAGUGCGGGUAAGAUCACAGAGAGUACCUUUGCCUGGCAAGACGCUUCACUCGCGCCCUCGGUUCAACAGUAUGAGCAUCUUCUUCAGACGAUAAAAAUAUCCUCACCUGAAGAAAUAGACGAGAUCAUGCGGCGGCUCCGCUCGGGAACAGAUUUGCCUUCAGUGCUUGCGGAAGAUCGUGCAGCAUCGUUACACCAGCCUAUAAGCGAGCCAGACGUCGAAGGGACGCCUCACAUAGAAGCGGAAUUCUCGCUUUCGAAUCAAGGAUUCUUUGGCUUGGUAAAGGGUUCUCUACCUUCCACCACCGGACUCGGUCAAGCUCCAGCUUCCCCUAGCCUUUUCACAACGGGACCGUGGACCAAAGUCACAGAUGACGUUGAGCUUAUCGAUCAUUUGCUAUCCAUGUAUUUCGCAUGGCAGCAUCCACUCUUUGAAGGCUUUCGCGAAGACCUCUUCCGCAAAGACAUGACAGCCGGGCGGACGAAGCACUGCUCGGAGCUCCUUGUUAAUGCCAUUUGCGCAACCGGCGCUCUCAUUUCCGACAGGCAUCAGGCACACAGGACCGGGCGUGCGUUUUACGACGAAUCUAUCCGGCUGGUCAACGAAGUGCGUGUUUCAAGCGUUCCAAGCAUAGCCGCUCUCUCGCUGCUCUCUCAUGUCGAAGAGAGUGAAGGCCGGUUGAGUUCAAUGUGGCUAUACAGCGGACGAAGUUCGCGCAUGGCUUUAGACGUCAGCUUGCAUCUACGGAGCGACAAGCAACGGUCUGAAAACCGCACAGAAGAGGCAGAAAUGGAUCAACAGGCGCGUCUGCAUGCGUUCUGGGGUUGUUUCAUCACCGACCAACUCACUGGGUUCACCCUUGGACGUUUGCCGCAUAUCCCUACAAACGCCAUCACAGUAGACCUCCCAUCAACCAGCUACGCGCGUGAUGAAGAAGAUUGGGCCCCAGCCGGUGUUGCUCGACCGUCGAUGCCUGGGGCAAGGUCGUCUACUUUCCAUGCACUUGCUGCAUUGUCAAAGAUCAUCAAUUCUACGCUGCGUAUGUUCUUCGCUCCUACUAAGCCAAUCAGCGGCAGUCUCCUUCUAAAUGAGUACAACAAAUACCUGCAUUGGUACGAGACUCUCCCUGCAAUUCUGACGGUUGGCGAGGAUGCACCAGCGCAUGUUCUAUGUCUCCACAUGUAUUAUCACGCGGCUGUCCUACUCCUCUUCCGACCCUUCCUUAGGGCCCAAUUUACCGAAUCAGACAUUCGUCCCAGCCAAAUCUGCAGACAAUCUGCAGACGUUAUUUCAGACAUGCUCGAUCAACACCGCCGAGUCUACGAUCUUACGGGGUUUUGCACUUUCCAUGUGCAUUGUCUUCUUGUGGCCUGCACCAUUCACAUCAUCAACCUGCCAGCCAGCACGCGGCACCUGAAAACCGCCUGCGAGGUUUUCCACGGCCUCUGCCACAAAAUCCGGUGGGCUGCCGCCAGUCUAAACAUCAUUGCAGGCCUCGUCCAAAAGUGGAACAUCACCCUACCACACGAAGUCGAGAGUGCACUCUAUAGCAACGGGCCAGUACUUCCCGACUUUGACUUCCACGAGGGUGCUCAAGCCGUGACGUAUCUGCCCGAGAAGAAGCGAGCAGAUACUCCGCAAGACUCCACCGGAGGGCUGAAAAGGCGACGAUUAUCGGACCCAGAAGACCAAGGUAGAAAAGUGCAGCGUUUCGAGCUACCGACAAACGAUCUGUUUUCACCAUUCCCGUACCAACCGCCGCCGUUGCUGCGGCCUACCCAUACGGAUUCUAACGCCGACCCUGACGCUAACUAUGUGCGCCACAACUCGCUGCAGGAGCUGGUUGGGUUGGACUUCUCGACUGAUGACUGGUUCGAUCCGUUCAUGGAUUACCAAGGAAGUUGA